CGGCGUCCGACGAUACAUGAUUAAUUGAUGCUGCGGUAGUUUACUCGAUAAUAUUGCGGACCGGAAUUCUCUGAGCCAUUCUGAAACGAUGAAUAAGGGCGACAUGAACCAACAGGCGGUUGUCAUGAUUUCGCCGCCAACACAUGAUGAGCGGACGGCACCCCAACCGGAUUUCACAAUCCCCAAAGCGAAAGUACCAGCUGUCCUUCUCCUAAUCGCCGGAAUCGUGCACGGAAUUGCUUUUUUCGUUUUUGGUGGUCUGGAUGGCUUUGACGAUGGUGUCGUCGAGUUCGGCAUAUCGGCUGUCCUGUUCACACUGAUUGCAAUUCUUGCCAUUUAUGGCGCGUUCAGGACGCAGAGGAAACAAGGAUGCCUGAUUUCCCUGCUUGUGUUAUCUUCGGUGACGCUGGCCUACACCUUCAUCGAGGUCAUCCUACGAGGCCUGGGUGUUUUGUAUGGUGGAAUUAUCAGCAACCUUGCUGCAGAUGAGUCUGUCCGAAACUUUGCCAAGCUCCUUUUUAUCGUUGGAUGCAUCUUGCUGUUCGUUACGCUGUUCGUCUUUGCCUUGCUUGUCGCACUGAUAGUCAUCGUGAGUCAGAAGGUUUGCGGGUGUUGUGGGGCACCAGCCGCAAAUCCGGGCGUCGUUUUCCAGUAUCAAGCUGCUCCCUCGGCGCCUCAACUCCAGUAUGUCCCGCCGCAGUAUGCCCUGUCUCCCCAGUAUGCAGCAUAGUAUUACUGGUGCGUUCACGAGUAGCGCAGGACACUUACUUAGAUGUUUUUUAGUAGAAGAGAUGCCACAAUAUGAACCGGAUCAGGGAUGUUUUAAUAUACAUGUAUUUCUAUAUUUCAUAAUGUAAGCCUACUUCUACACUACUGUUUGGUUCCUUCUCAAGCGUCUUUUAAAUGGUGAACUGAUUCCUGAGAGGACAACGCCGCAUCAAAGGACGAUACGUGUCCAUGACGUAUAUGGAAACAUGAACUAGACAUAUGUGUAUUAUGUAUGUGUAUUUUGCGGAGUUGACAUGUGUUCACUUGUAGUAACUGGUACGCGAAUAGGCCUAGUAAACGUAGAGUUGUUUCAGAAGAAAAUUAUCAAUAUUCACUAGAUCUACAUGUAUUAAUAUGUGUAUGCAGGUUUUACUCCUCCUCUCAGGUGCAAAUAAACUCAUUUGUAAUUGUAUUUGUAAUUGUAAUUGUAAUGUUGUCGUUUGUGUUCACAUUGGACAAUAAAAUGCCGUUUUGUGUAUUCGAGACAAUCAUGGAUAUCAAAGCAUAA